AUGCAGAAGCGCAAGCAGGCCCCACCAGUUGUGUUUACUCCUGCGUCAGAGGCGGUGAAGGUGGACGUGUACGAUCAGAAUGCAGUGAAGCAGCUGCUCGAUGACGUGAUUAUGACCUACGUGCUCGAGACUCGAGGGCUCGAGGAAGACCUCACCUACUCCAACUACAAGCUCGCCCUCGGCGGUCUGUCGUGCCUGGUGGCGAUCGCCUCGCACGCCUACCCGGCGCCCUUCCCCGAGAAUGCGUGGGUGCUCAAGGUGUGCGUGGUGAGCUACAUCGUGCUCAGCGUGCUCCUCCAGUACGUGGCCUUCUACAUGGAGGGCAACACGAUCCUCGCCACCCGCCCCACCCAACGGGGCGGCACCAACAACAAGAAGCUCAUCAAGCCCAUCAACGUCCAGACCUACUUCCCCAAGUGCGAGGAGGCGUUCAUCGUUCAGGUCACCACCACGCAGGGCAAGCCGGCUUCGCACUCGAUCUCCUCCUCCAUCGGCCGGUGGUUCCAGCCCGACGGAACCUUCAUCCGCGAGGCCUUCAUCUCUGACCUGGACCAGCUCUUCACCACUGUCGAAGAUGCCAGCGACUGA